UGCGAGGCGGCGGCUGGAAGGCGCGAGCGGCUGCUUCCUAGCGCAGGGCUCCGUGAGGGCCGAGGGGCUGCCGCGAUGGAGCAACUAUCAGAUGAAGAGAUUGACCAUGGUGCCGAAGAAGACAGUGACAAGGAAGAUCAGGACCUGGAUAAAAUGUUUGGGGCUUGGCUUGGGGAACUGGACAGACUUACUCAGAGUUUGGAUUCUGACAAGCCCAAAGAACCAGUAAAAAGAUCUCCUCUUCGCCAGGAAACAAAUAUGGCCAACUUUUCUUACCGUUUCUCCAUAUACAACUUGAAUGAAGCUCUGAGUCAGGGCGAGACUGUGGACCUGGAUGCCCUGAUGGCCGACCUGUGCUCUAUAGAGCAGGAGCUUAGCAGCAUCGGCUCAGGGAAUAGUAAGCGUCCAGUCACAGAACAGCCAAAAGUCACUCAGAAGCAGCCUGCGGGCCGACACACAUCAAAACAUGGCACCCUGAGAGGACUACCACCUUCCUCUAACAGAACAGCUAAACCCUCCCACGCUAACUACUCCCUGGAUGACAUCACUGCACAGUUAGAACAGGCUUCCUUGAGCAUGGAUGAGGCUGCUCAGCAGUCGGUAGUAGAAGACUCCAAGCCUUUAGUGACAAAUCAGCACAGAAGGACCGCCUCAGCAGGCACUGUGAGUGAUGCUGAAGCUCGCUCCAUCAGCAAUUCCUCCCGGUCAAGCAUCACUUCUGCAGCCUCCAGCAUGGAUUCUUUGGAUAUUGACAAAGUGACACGCCCUCAAGAACUUGAUUUGACAACACACCAGGGACAGCCAAUUACUGAGGAAGAACAGGCAGCAAAACUGAAAGCUGAGAAGAUCCGAGUUGCUCUGGAGAAAAUUAAAGAGGCUCAAGUGAAAAAGCUGGUGAUCAGGGUCCACAUGUCUGAUGACAGCUCUAAAACAAUGAUGGUGGACGAGAGACAGACAGUGAGACAAGUGCUGGACAACUUGAUGGAUAAAUCUCACUGUGGCUACAGUUCAGACUGGUCGCUGGUGGAGACCGUUUCCGAGUUACAGAUGGAAAGAAUCUUUGAAGACCAUGAAAACUUGGUUGAAAAUCUUCUUAAUUGGACAAGAGACAGCCAAAAUAAGCUUAUAUUCAUGGAGCGUAUAGAAAAAUAUGCACUUUUUAAAAACCCCCAGAAUUAUCUUCUAGGGAAAAAGGAAACAGCUGAGAUGGCAGACAGAAACAAAGAAGUGCUGUUAGAGGAAUGCUUUUGUGGAAGUUCUGUAACUGUCCCAGAAAUUGAAGGAGUCCUUUGGUUGAAAGAUGAUGGCAAGAAGUCCUGGAAAAAGCGAUAUUUUCUCUUGCGAGCAUCUGGUAUCUACUAUGUCCCUAAAGGAAAAGCAAAAGUAUCUCGGGAUCUAGUGUGCUUUCUCCAGCUGGAUCAUGUAAAUGUAUACUAUGGGCAGGACUAUCGAAACAAAUACAAAGCACCCACAGACUGCUGUCUGGCGUUAAAGCACCCACAGAUCCAAAAGAAGUCUCAGUAUAUCAAGUACCUUUGCUGUGAUGACGCACGGACUCUGCAUCAGUGGGUCAGUGGAAUCCGCAUCGCCAAGUAUGGGAAGCAGCUCUACACGAAUUACCAAGAAGCCUUGAAGAGGACAGAAUCAGCUUAUGAUUGGACCUCCUUAUCCAGCUCCAGCAUCAAAUCCGGAUCUAGUUCUUCCAGUAUCCCGGAGUCUCAGUCAAAUCACUCUAAUCAGUCUGACAGCGGAGUGUCUGACACCCUGCCUACUGGACACAUCCGUUCCCAAAGUACUGUGAGCUCCAUCUUCUCUGAAGCCUGGAAGCGAGGCACUCAGUUGGAAGAGUCCAGCAAGGCCAGGAUGGAGUCUAUGAAUCGGUCCUACACUUCACUUAUGCCCCCUCUGUCCCCUCAAACUAAGAUCAUCACCCCUUAUACUGCCUCACAACCUUCACCGCCUCUGCCUCCUCCUCCGCCACCACCUCCUCCUCCUCCACCUCCACCACCACCACCUCCUCCUCCUCUCCCCAGCCAGUCUGCACCAUCUGCAGGCUCAGCAGCCACCAUGUUUGUCAAGUACAGCACAAUCACCAGGCUGCAGAAUGCAGCUCAGCAUUCAGGGACCCUGUUUAAGUCUCCAGCACCACCAACGAUGCAGCCUCUUCCAUCGGCUUCACAGUCCAAGGCUCAAAUUGUGGUGCCCCCCAAUGGAGUUAUUCCUCCACCUCCUCCUCCUCCCCCACCCCCAACCCCUGGCUCAGCGAUGGCCCAGUUAAAGCCAGUGCCAUGUGCCCCAUCCCUACCACAGUUCAGCCCCCAACCUCCUCCACUGAAGAUUCAUCAGGUUCAGCAUCUUCCUCAGGCGGCCCCUCCUACACCCCCACCAGCUCCUCCCAUCCCUGCAACUGUCCCUCCUCAAGCACCCCCUAAACCUCUGGUGACCAUUCCUCCUUCAGCCAGCACAAAGACUGUGUCACCAGUAGUAGCACAAGCUGUACCACCUACCCCUGCACCUCCAGUGCCCCCCACAAAGAAACAGCCAGUUUUCCCCGUUUCUCACAUUCCACCCACUCCCCCCAUCCAGCCUACUCCAUAUCCCCCACCAACACUACCCAAGCAGCAGAGCUUUGGGAUAAAGCCACCCCCCUCUCCGCUGUCCCCUGUGCCCUCAGUUGUGAAGCAGAUAGCCAGUCAAUUUCCACCCCCUCCCACUCCUCCUCCUGUGGACUCUCAGCCCCUAAAAUCCCUCCCAGCAAGUGUCACCCCACAGUCCCCUCCUGCAGUAAAAGCAAAACCCAAAUGGCAGCCCAGUUCAAUCCCUGUCCCUUCUCCAGAUUUCCCUCCUCCCCCUCCUGAAAGCAGCCUGGUGUUUCCUCCACCACCUCCUCCAGCCCCAGCCCCACCACCACCACCACCACCACCACCACCACCACCACCACCACCACCACCAGUGCCACCCAUGGCUUCACCUACCCCUGACAAAGGUGGCUCUCCAGGCAAAAAGACAAGUAAGAUGUCCAGCCCUGGGGGGAAGAAACCACCCCCAACCCCACAGCGUAACUCCAGCAUUAAGUCCGGCAGUUGUGCAGAGCACCCUGAGCCCAAGCGACCCUCGGUAGACAGUCUAGUCAGCAAGUUUGCACCACCAGCUGAAUCAGGGUCUCCCAGCAAGGAGACCCCACCACCUCCUGCAGCACCCCCCAAACCUGGGAAACUUCACCUUUCUGGAGUCAACCUCCCUGGAAUCCACCAGCAAGGGAUUGUAUCAGCAAAACCCUCUGUUCUGAGUGGGCGUGGAAAGGACACGGUAGUGGAAUUUCCAUCUCCACCAUCCGAUUCUGACUUUCCACCCCCUCCACCUGAAAUAGAGCUUCCUCUGCCUCCUAUUGAGAUUCCAGCUGUAUUCUCGGGGAACACCUCCCCCAAAGUGGCAGUUGUUAAUCCUCAGCCACAGCUUUGGUCUAAAACAUCAGUGAAGAAGGCCCCCCCACCCACCCGACCCAAACGCAAUGACAGUACCCGCCUCACUCAAGCUGACAUCUCUGAACAGCCAGCGAUGACCACAGUUGUGCCACAAGUGCCCACCUCUCCUAAAUCCAGCCUUAGUGUCCAGCCUGGAUUCCUAGCUGAUCUUAACAGGACAUUGCAACGCAAGUCUAUCACACGGCAUGGCUCCCUCUCCUCCUCACGUAUGUCCAGAGCAGAACCCACAGCCACAAUGGAUGACAUGGCACUACCCCCACCACCACCAGAACUGCUGUCCGACCAGCAGAAGGCUGGCUUUGGAGGUAGUCAUAUUUCGGGCUAUGCAACAUUGCGAAGAGGACCCCCUCCCGCUCCUCCUAAGAGAGACCAGAAUACUAAGCUCUCAAGAGACUGGUAGCCACAAGACUUAUUUUCAUGCUAUCUAUAAUCAGUUCUACAAUCAGUUCAUCUGAUCAUCUGAAUCCAGGUGUUCAGAGCCUCCUGAUAUGUUAUUCAGGUAGUGU